AUGAAGGAAAUGAGAGAUGAUUCUGGAUUUUUGGGUGUGGAAAGAAGGAAACGGGCAGGUAACUAUAGAGCGCGUGUUGCCUGUCAGGUGACGAUGACAGUGUUGUUCAUCGCUCUACUCAUCACGGCCACCACUUUUGCAGUGCAGGCUUUCCAACCUCGACCCAAACCCUGUUUUCGGUGUCCAUUCGAUUGGAUCGGGUACAGAGGAAAAUGCUACUAUUUUUUGGAGGCUGAAGGGAACUGGACAUCCAGCCAGGACAACUGCUCAGCACUUGGUGCUUCCUUGGCCAUCCUCGACAAUGUGGAGGACUUGAGCUUUGUGAUGAGAUAUAAAGGCAUCUCGGAGCAUUGGAUCGGCCUUUCACGGGAAGAUGAGGAGCAGCCAUGGAGAUGGGUGAACCACUCGGGUUUAUCUCACCUGUUUCAGAUCCGUGGUGGUGGUCUCUGCGCCUACCUGAGCGACGACGGGCUCAGCUCCUCCAGCUGCAGCACUGAAAGGAGCUGGGUUUGUAAUAAACCUGAGCUGCAGAGCCCAAGCAAGGGCAACAGGAAGAGACGGGCUCAACACCUUUGCAUCAGCUCCUAA